CCUUUUUUAUUUCUCUAAAGUCAAGAGCUUACCCAGAGGAUGGUGCACAGUUUGCCCUAGGAUUUGGUUUGCAGACCUGGGGGGAGAAUAGUGCAAGGAAUGGCCACUCCACAAUCAGUGAGGUCAGGCUUUGCGAUCAACUCCUUUGCUAUUCCUGCCUGAAGUGAACUGAGUGGUCAUCUUUCAGAGGCCGUUCAAACUGGUGGAAGAGAGAUUUAUGUGGUGGCUUUGAUGUCCCUCACAUCACAGCCUUUUGUUUUCUUUUUCUCAUUUCUCCCAUGGUUCUGCCUGGAUCAUGAUUAUGGAAUAAACGAGGAUAAGGGGACAGUCUAGUGGGGUAGACUUUAUAUGUAACUAAGGACAUACUCCAAGAGAACUGUCAGCUCCCUGUGGACUUCCAGGGGAAGCCAGGCAGCAGACCUCCACAAACAUCCCCCAAAUGGUACAAAGCCCUGCUUGUAUUUUUGAGGUUGAGAUCAGAGAGUCUAUAAACUCCAGAGAGUCUGUAAACUUUAGAAAUGAGGAGAAAUCAUCUAGUUUCAGAGGUGGGCUGAAAAAAAAUUACAGUACAAGUGGUUUUAUGCCACAGAGGAAAUAAAAGUUAAGAUCAUUUUGUCAACUGAGUCAACUCUGUCUUGGAUUCGUCACAGGAAUCUUCUGCAUUUAAAACAAACGAAGCAUCAUGCUGAAGAGGGAGGGGAAGGUCCGACCCUACACGAAAACCCUGGAUGGAGGUUGGGGAUGGAUGGUUGUGUUUCAUUUCUUCCUGGUAAAUGUAUUCGUGAUGGGGAUGACCAAGACUUUUGCAAUUUUCUUUGUGGUUUUUCAAGAAGAGUUUGAAGGCACCUCAGAGCAAACUGGUUGGAUUGGAUCCAUCAUGUCAUCGCUUCGUUUUUCUGCAGGUCCCCUAGUUGCUGUUACUUGUGACAUAAUUGGAGAGAAAACUGCCUCCAUUCUUGGGGCUUUCCUUGUUACUGGUGGAUAUCUGAUCAGCAGCUGGGCUACAAGCAUUCCCUUUCUUUGUGUGACUAUGGGAUUUUUACCUGGUUUGGGUUCUGCUUUCUUGUACCAAGUCGCUGCUGUGGUCACUACCAAAUACUUCAAAAAACGAUUAGCUCUUUCUACAGCUAUUGCCCGUUCAGGGAUGGGACUGACAUUUCUGUUAGCGCCUUUUACAAAAGUCCUGAUAGAUCUAUAUGACUGGACAGGUGCCCUUAUAUUAUUUGGAGCAAUCACAUUGCAUUUGGUGCCUUCUAGUAUGCUCUUGAGACCCACCCAUAUCAAAAGCGAGAGCAAUUCCGAUAUUAAAGAUAAAAGUAGCAGUUUUUCUGCAAGUGGUCCAGAGGCAGCAUGUGGGACAGAAACAUCAUGCCGCAAUGAGAUACAAGAGUCUGCCAUCAGGGACAAUACUAUGCAGGAUGGACAACCUGGUAUAAGUUUAACAGUCUCACAAAAUCAAAAUGAAGAGUUCAACAAUGAACCUAACAGGAACAGACUCUUCCAAAAAACUAAUGAAGAAAGUUAUGGGAAUAAGACUAUUUUGUGGAGCUGCAAACAAAAACUCUUUGAUUUUUCUCUUCUUAAGAAUCCUUUUUUCUACAUAUUUACGUGGUCUUUUCUCCUCAGUCAGUUGGCAUAUUUCAUCCCUACCUUUCACCUGGUAGCCAGAGCCAAAACACUGGGGAUUAAUAUCAUGGACGCCUCCUACCUCGUUUCUGUAGCUGGUAUCAUUGAGACAGUCAGUCAGAUUAUCUCCGGAUGGGUUGCUGAUCAAAACUGGAUCAAGAAGUAUCAUUACCACAAGUCUUACCUCAUCCUCUGCGGCAUCACUAACCUGCUUGCUCCUUUUGCCACCACAUUUCCACUACUUAUGACCUAUACCAUCUUCUUUGCCAUUUUCUCCGGUGGUUACCUGGCAUUGAUACUUCCUGUACUGGUUGAUCUGUCUGGGAAUUCUAUGGUACACAGGUUCUUGGGGCUUGCCAGUUUCUUUGCUGGGAUGGCUGUCCUUUCUGGACCACCUUUAGCAGGCUGGUUAUAUGAUUAUACCCAGACAUACACCGGCUCCUUCUACCUCUCGGGCAUAUGCUAUCUCCUCUCUUCAGUUUCCCUUUUCUUUGUACCAUUGGCUGAGAGAUGGAAAAACAGUCUGACCAGAAAGAGAGAGGACUGCAAUCAAGUGAGAGCUUAACAAAACAAAGUCUAAACUAAAAGUCACUGGAAACAAAAGCAUGGAAGAAAAGUACCCGCAUUUGUAAACUAAGAAGGUGAACCACGUAAUUUUUUAAGGUUCCUUUUUGCUUUAGCACUCUGAAGAAUGUCUAACUGGUGGUAAGAAAAGAGUAAUAGCAACUUAAAUUAAACUCUGUUAGUAUUUAAUCAAAUAGGCUAAAAUUUUAAUCAGUUGAAGCAGUUACUUUAGAUAUUAAAUGAAAAUCAGAAUGUACUGUAAUAAUAAAUUAACCAAACUCUCAGCUGUGCCAUGGUAAUUCAGUCGCAAAAAUAUGUAAAGACAGAAAACCAUUUUCCUUCAUAUAGAGCAGUAUUAAACAGAGUCAUUGAACUCUGGAAUGUGAAU